ACAAUUGCACCGUAUAAAACUGGGCAUGGGAAAUGUUUUGGGUUUGAUUUCUUGAACAUUUACAACUUUUGUUGUGAAAAUGCAGGUCUCGGCGCCCAACAAUGUCAAGAUAUACAACUUAAGCGCCGGAAAAUCGCUACCAGAGUGGUUAUCUGACAGAAGAAAGAGAACACUACAGAAAGAUGUUGAUAUACAAAAGAGAAUCGAGCUUAUCCAGGACUUUGAUAUGCCGACAGUCAGCCACUGCAUUCAAGUCUCUCCUGAUGGACAAUACAUCUAUGUGGCAGGUACCUACAAACCAAGGGUGCGAUGUUAUGAUGUACACCAGUUGUCUAUGAAGUUUGAGCGCGGCUUGGACUCUGACGUUUUACAGUUUCAGUUUCUCUCGGAAGAUUAUACAAAGAUAGCAUUUCUGCAAUGUGACCGAUAUAUUGAGUUUCAUUCACAAUAUGGUCGCUACUAUAGAACGAGAAUCCCAAAGUAUGGUCGUGACCUGGCAUAUCAUUCUGCAAGCUGUGAUCUAUAUGUAGCUAGUGUCAGUCCGGAGGUAUACCGUAUUAACCUGGAGCAGGGCCGAUUCCUUAAUCCUUUAACCACCAGUGGGAAGGAGGUGAAGUGCUGUGAGUUUAACGAUCAGCACCAUCUGCUGGCAUGUGGAACCUCUGAGGGCCAUGUUGAAUGUUUUGACCCUCGUGCACGGAAUAAAGUUGGAGUACUGGAUACCGCUCUUAGUUCUCAUAUCCAGGAUCUCGAUAUUACAGGUGUUCCAGCAAUAACAGCACUGAAGUUUCGGAAUGGCCUGGAAUUGGGUGUUGGAACUAGCACAGGACAUGUGUUAUUGUACGACAUCCGGUCGGACCGUCCAAUCUUAGUCAAGGACCAUCAGUAUGAGCUCCCCAUCAAGCGAAUCAUGUUCCACGAUGCCAUGGAUCUCGUGUUAUCCAUGGAUUCCAAAAUCCUCAAACUCUGGGACAGAAACAAUGGCAAAGCUUAUACAGCAAUUGAGCCUGGCGUAAAUCUGAACGAUAUGUGUAUGGUUCCGGGCUCAGGGCUUGUCUUUAUGGCCAACGAAGCGCAGAAGGUUCUCUCAUACUAUUUACCUUCCCUGGGUACGGCCCCUCGAUGGUGUUCAUUCCUGGACAACUUGACAGAGGAACUAGAAGAGAGUGCUGGAACUACAGUGUAUGAUGACUACAAGUUUGUUACCCGUCGGGAGCUGGAAGAUUUAGGUCUGGCACACUUGAUCGGCUCCAACCUGCUCCGUGCGUACAUGCAUGGUUUCUUCCUAGAUAUGAGGCUGUACCAUAAGGCCAAGUCGAUUGCCGAGCCAUUUGCAUUUGACCAGUAUAGAAAACAGAAGAUUCGAGAAAAGAUAGAUGCCGAAAGAGCAAACAGAGUCACAGUGAAGAAAUUGCCUAAAGUGAAUAAGGAGCUUGCAGAGAAGUUGAUAGAUGUUGAGGAUGAAAUUGUAGCAAAGAAGACAGAAAAGAGAGCAGGCAUGACGUUACUAAAGGACUCACGAUUCUCGGACAUGUUCUCUAAUCCUGACUUCCAGAUUGAGAAAGAAUCAGAAGAGUAUAAGCUGUUGAACCCGGUUGUAGCCAAACUGGACAGGGCGAGGAAAACCAAGCAAGCCAAACUGGAUCAACAGUUUCAAGAGAUGCAGGAUAAGGAGGAUGACUUUGAUGGAGGCAGUGGUAGCAGUUCAGACGAUGAACAUACAUGGUCGAAAGAUGACAAGUCAAAAUGGAAACAACAUAUCAAACAAAAGAUAAUAGAAAGAAAAUCUGACAGGGCGACAGGUAGCAAGCCACGGUUUUAUGAGAUAAAGGAAGGCCAGGAAUAUGGCAAGUCUAGCAACGAGAAGAAAGUAAACAAAGAGAAAAAGAUGUCACUAGCUGAGAGGCUGGAACAGUCCGGUGACACUGUCAUCUCGGAAUCAGGCAGGAUUGGCAACAAGCAGAUGCAAUUUAUCAUGAGCAAGGGCAAAAAGGAAAUAAGGAAAGAGUCAGAACAGAAAGUACACAUGGCCGAGAGGAAAAAGGUUCGACGAUCAGCAGGUGCAAUUACAAAGGGCAUUAAAGAGAGACCGAAAUUCUGGAUGGGGCAGAGAGUGAAAUGAGAGUCAAGUUAUAUCUGAAGGAAUUGUGUAAAACGUUUACAUACUGGUGUAACGUGUGGAAAUACCUUGGUUUUGAGAAAAAUGAGGACAUGAUGGUGAAAAAAGGGGCAUCUGAUGGUGUAAAAUUGGGUCACAGAUUCAAAUAAAAAAAAUUGUACACAUGUUUAACACCAUAAAAUUCAAGUCAAGUUUGACUUUGGUAACAACUUUCAAUUUUUGAUGGAGUUAUUGGCCCUUUUCAACACAUGAGUUUGCAAAAAUACAGCGUUCUUACAAUAUCUAAUGAAAGGAUUCACAGAUUUAAGUAACAUUUGGUACUUUUUAUAACACCAUAAAAUACAGGUCAAGUUUAACUUGGGUUACAAAUCACUAUUUUUUAUAGAGUUACCUGCCCUUUUAAACUUAGAAUUUGCCAAAAAAAAACUAUCUGCAGGUCGAUAACUUAUGACAGGUACUUUGGAGUUAAUCAAUUGUUAGAACACAUGUUUAACUAUAAAAUACAGGUCAAUCCAGAAUCUAGUCUGUCAUGUUUGACAGAGUUAUGGCCCCUUUCAACUUUGACUAUUCCUAUGCCCAGGCGGCAUGUCGGGGUAUUUCUAGCUCUUGGGACAGCUCUUGUUAGUAGAGUUAUUAGAGGAGAUUUUGCAGCCAGUUAAAAAAAUGUUAGUUUUUAUUUAGAUGAUAUGCAAUUGUUAUAAUUGAUAUCUUUUAACAUCAUAUUUUUGUUGGUUAUGUAAUAAAUAUUGA